UUCAGACGCAACUUCUUGUGCAUUAAAAACCAAGACAUCCGCCCAAGCAAAAAGCCAUCUGACCUUUUCUUCUCUCUCUCUCUGUCUUACUGUCCCUUAGCUGUCAAGAAAUGCGUUCCUUCUUCCCAUGCUCAUUGCUCCCCUCUCCUUCUCAGAAACCCCGUUUUCUGCCCACCUCUAUAUUAGCCUACCCCCCUUGCUCCCUCUAACCAUGUCAAACAAUCAUUCUCUCUCCUUGUUGAAAAACACCAUCUUUAUUAGUAAACAAAAAAUGGCGUCCAAGGAUCAAUGCGGUUUCCAAGAUUACUUGCCCCUGAUGGCGGAGAAGCUGGGCGGUGAUGGUCUGAUUGGGGAACUCUGUAAUGGGUUUCAGCUGUUGAUGGAUUCUGAUAAAGGCGUCAUCACAUUCGAGAGCCUGAAGAAGAACUCUGCUCUGUUGGGGCUACAGGAUUUGUGCGAUGAGGAUCUUUAUGGGAUGCUGAGGGAGGGGGAUUUCGACGGAGAUGGGGCUCUCAACCAGAUGGAAUUUUGUGUGCUGAUGUUCAGGUUGAGCCCGGAGUUGAUGGAGCAGUCUCAGUUUUUGUUAGAGGAGGCUCUUCGACAGGAGGAGGGCUUUCAAGAUUUAUUUUUGUAAUCAUUUUUCCUUUUUGGAAUGAUUUGUAAUCUAAUUGUUUGGUAGGAUGUGCUGCCGAUUCUUGAUUAAUUCCCCGGAGAUGAUAAAUUCAAAUUAUACAGAAAUUGACGGAAGCCAAUGAAUUCGUUUCUUGGACCUUUUGGAUAAGAAUGAUGUGUUAUGCAUAUGUUUUCAUUGACUUAAAUUGGUCAACACACUCCACACCAUUAAUGUGGAAGUUCUAAUAUUCAUUGGGUUUUACUUUCAGUAUUAAA